AUGGACCCGACAUCCACCCCACGACAUCCAGAUCGGUUCAGAAUGGGUGCUGGAGCUGAAGAUCCGAUUCCCUCAUCUUCACCAGCAUUUGCAACACCUGCACGUCCAUUCCGAAUGCCCAGAGGCCAUGCGCCGCCCACAAAGACUUCCAUCCUACCUAUCCUGCUUCCACCCGCGACUCUUCGACCAGUAGCAUUCCGUACAUUCACUCGCAAGCACAACCUCACAAUCUCGUCAUCGGCACUACAAACUCUAGCCGUGUUCAUUGGCAAAAACUGUGGUUCAGGAUGGCGCGAAGAAGGAUUGGCGGAGAAGGCCCUAGACGAGGUGGCCAAGAUCUGGAAACGAGCAGGAGGCGGCGUUAUCGUGGAAGAAGGCAAGGGUGCCUCGUUGAAGGCCAUCCUACAGACACUCGAGAGCAGCAUGAGCGGAGGGCGAGUGGUUGCAGGAAAGGGCAAUUCCCAGGAUGGAAAGUCUUCUGGCCUCGGCGUGGAUGCUGGGAGGAUGGAUACUAGCAAUGACCACUCGCAAGGGUCACUUACAAUGAGGGCAGGGGACGUGGAUGAAGACGAGUCAAAGUUGUCAUGCCAUUCACGGCACUGGCUCAAAGUCGUCGACGCAUUUGACCUUCCACGGUUAACGUACAACGUUGACAAGAAAUACUUUGAGGCCCUCAAGUCGAAACCAACAUUGUUUCCACCUCCGUCACACAAAACUGCGCUGUUCCGAGAUCGUUAUAAUCUGGUUUACCAACGGCUUCUGCGAAAUGAGUCUUUCCAGAGCUCUUUGGGUGUUGCUGGCAUGCCAUCCCUCCAGCGAUCAUCGUCAAACCUUGGGAUGCAGCAAUCAUACAAGUUGACACCAAUUGCCAACUUACUCGGACGAAGCGGUACAUCGCAUCUUCUUCUCGGUCUACUUUCCAUUUCUCCCACCGGCGACUUGUCCUUGGUGGAUUUGACGGGAACUGUCGCAUUGGACCUCAGCCAUGCUCGGAUGAUUCCUGAGGAUGGCGCAUGGUUUGCGCCAGGAAUGAUUGUGCUUGUAGACGGGAUCUACGAGGAGGAAGAGAUGGUUCAGGGCUCCAUGCUGGGCGGGAAUCAUGGAGUUGGAGGAGCCAUUGGAGGUCACUUUGUUGGAGUAUCAAUUUGUGGGCCUCCCUGCGAGCGGAGAGAUAUCUCCCUUGGAACAGGCUCCCGCCAGGCCAGCGGUGAUGUAAGCUCCAGUGGUGGAUUCGGAUGGGUCGAUUUCUUGGGAACUGGCAGUGAGCGCGCGCAGGGCGCACGUAUGCGAAGACUUCAAGAGAAAUGCCUACGUGGUGCACCCGAGUCUACGGAGUCUACGGCACGACUGAAGGUUGCCAUCUUGAACGAGGUCAAUCUUGACAACAUGAAAACGCUGGAUGCUCUGCGCAAGGUCUUCAGCACAUAUAACGAUCUCGCACUCUGCGAGCGCCCUCAGACAUUCGUCUUGAUUGGCAACUUUGUGCAAAAAGCAAUCAUCAAUGGUGGCGGCCGAGCCGGAAGCAUCGAGUACAAAGAGUACUUCGACUCACUCGCAGUGGUUCUCGCAGACUUCCCAGCGCUCCUCCAACAUUCAACCUUUGUCUUUGUCCCCGGCGACAACGACCCAUGGGCAUCAUCCUUCUCAACCGGCGCAGCAUCCACCAUUCCACGCCAACCAAUCCCAGAACUGUUCACAUCUCGUAUUCGCCGCGCCUUCGCAACAGCCAAUUCAGAGCUAGACAGGACCCAAACCUCCGAACCAGCAGGCGAAGCACUAUGGACAUCAAACCCAACCCGUCUCUCCUGGUUCGGCCCAGUCCACGACAUCGCAAUCUUCCGCGAUGACAUCUCAGGCAGACUUCGCCGCACAGCAAUCAACAUGCACAAAGACGAAGAAGAAGCCGAGACCACCGAUCCAAUGCAAGAAACCCUCGACGAAGCCACAAACGAAGCCGUCUCCUUCGCACCCGACCUCGACCAACAAAAUGGCUCCAAAUCAAACGGGGCAUCAUCAGCCGCGGCAUCAAUGGCCCGCAAAUUGGUCAAGACCAUUCUGGAUCAAGGCACCAUGGCCCCCUUCCCACUUCAACUACGACCCGUACUGUGGGAUCAUUCAUCUGCUGUGCAAUUAUAUCCCUUGCCGACGGCACUGGUUCUGGCUGAUGCUGAGGCUGCUCCGUUCUGUAUGACUUAUGAGGGCUGUCAUGUUAUGAAUCCUGGGCGGUUGUUGCCCCUGGGGGAUGGGCAGGCUGUGAAGUGGAUUGAGUUUGAUGUGUUGAGGAAUCGGGGGCGGGUUAAGGAGGAGCGGUAUUAG